UCUCCAAAAUAUAAUAAAAAUAAUAACUUAAUCCCGCGCAAGGCGCGGAUCUUAUCCUAGUCUCUUAUUAAAAAGAAAAAAAGUUAAUAGUCAUUCAAAAUCUCUUACGUGCUUAAUCGAAUUUGUUUCUCGUCAUUCGUUUAAUAUUAUUACUAAAUAUUUGAUUAAAUACACCUGGAGUCGAAUAAAAUCAAAUUUUGUAUACGUAAAGACAGAAAAAUACAUUAACAGUGUUGGAAAAACAUAAGCAAUCUCCUAUCUACUUUCUCGAUUUGGAAAGGGACAUUUCUCUACCCAUUUUUCGAUAUGAUCUUCUCAUUUUUACAUACAUUCAUCUUGUACUUACACUCGAGCCGACCUUACGUACUCAAUUACUUGACCCGACUAAUGACUUUAAAUUUGAUUUAAUAAACAGUAAAGUUUUUAUUCUAACUCAACUCUACAUAAUACACAAUUUAUACGAACGUAUCCAUAUUCUUAAUUAUAAAAUAAAUAAACAAACUCAAGUAUACGCACCAAAUUUUGCAUAUAAAAGCUUAAGCAUAAACCCAAUUAGACAAUGAGUUAUCGAUAACCCACAUUAUCAAUAGACUUACACAUCAAAUUCGAUAUGUCACCAAUGAUCCCACUGUAUCUUCUUCUUGCUCUCUUCGCAACCAUCCUCGCUCCAACAAGUGGAGAACCAGUAGGUGUAUGUUAUGGAAUGAUGGGGAACAACCUUCCGUCUAAACCAGACACCAUCGCUCUCUUCAGACAGAACAACAUUCGAAGAGUCCGUCUCUACGACCCAAACCAAGAAGCUUUAAACGCUCUUAAAAACACCGGCAUCGAGGUCCUCGUCGGCGUCCCCAACUCCGAUCUCCGUUCACUCACUAACCCUUCCUCAGCUAGAGCGUGGCUCCAAAACAACGUUCUUAACCAUUAUCCCGCCGUUAACUUCAAGUACAUCGCCGUCGGUAACGAAGUUAUUCCGUCCAACGGCGGUGGCGAUGUGCUCCCUGCGAUGCGUAACGUUUACGAUGCUCUAAGAGGUGCGAAUCUUCAAGAUAGGAUUAAAGUCUCAACCGCGGUUGAUAUGACUUUGAUUGGAAACUCGUUCCCUCCUUCCGCUGGAGAGUUUCGUGGUGACGUUAGGUGGUAUAUCGAUCCCAUCAUCGGGUUCUUGACGAGCACGAACUCGGUGUUACUGGCCAACAUCUACCCUUAUUUCAGCUACAUCGGCAACCCACGCGACAUCUCCCUCUCCUACGCUCUCUUCACUUCUCCUAACGUCAUAGUCUGGGACGGAUCUCGCGGCUACCAGAACCUCUUCGACGCCUUACUCGACGUCGUUUACUCUGCCGUAGAACGUUCAGGUGGUGGAUCUCUUCCCGUCGUCGUUUCGGAGAGCGGAUGGCCUUCAAACGGCGGAAACGCUGCGAGUUUUGAUAACGCGCGAGCGUAUUACACGAACCUGGCCGCACGUGUGAGAGAGAACAGAGGGACGCCAAAGAGACCUGGGAGAGGUGUGGAGAUGUAUUUGUUCGCCAUGUUUGAUGAGAAUCAGAAGAAUCCUGAGAUCGAGAAGAACUUCGGUUUGUUUUUCCCUAAUAAACAGCCAAAGUUUCCGAUAGCCUUCGCUGGCGUGAGGGAGGGUACCGCUGUUGAGCGAUGUUGUUUGAAUCGAGAUGAUGAUAAUAUGUGAUCUCACCAUGUAUAUGAGACUUCUAUGAAUGUUUGAAAUAAUAUGGGGGAGCGAUAAUCCCAUAAAUAAUAAAAAAAAAAUCCAGAAAUCAUAAUUUUUUUUUUCUGUUUGAAAUAAAAAGUACCUUGAUCCAUUUGAUUACUCUUACGGGUGUUCAAUAUGGUAAAACCGAACUAAUUUAACUGAACCAAACCGAAAUAGAAAAAUGGGUUUAGAUUUGCUAGUAUCGAAUAAACUAAAUGGUUGUUAUUUUUAAGAAACCGCAGUACAUGAAUAUGGUUUGGUAUAUAAAGCGAUCCAACCAAAUAAAUUGAAAAAAACCGAUUAGUUAAAAUAUAUUAGUAUACUUAUAUGUAAAUUUUAUAAUAAUUAAUAAUAUAUACAUAUUUAUUUUAUUAAUAUUAUAUUCAUAAUUAAAGCAUUGAUAUUCAUAAUUUGUUAUUUUGUUUUAAGUUCAAAGGUUGUUUUGUUUUUCUCAUUUUCAUCAGAUUAAAUAAAACUUGAUUUUUAUUUUUAUUAUUAAAUAUUUGUGCUAAGAUAUAUUUAUAUAAUAAUAUUAUGAUAUUACUAUUGUCUUAUUUUUAUUUUAAAUAUUAAACUAGGUUAAAAUCUGCGCUUUCCGAGGAAUGAGCAUUAUAUAUAUAUAUGUAGUUUUACAUAUUUUAUUUAUUUAUAAUUUUACAUACUAUAAAAUAAUAAAUAUAUAUUGAGUAAUUGAGAAUUCAAUAACUAUUAUGUAUAUAACUAAAUUGGUAUGAACACAUACAUAAAAAAAUUAAUGAUAUUUAUUUAUAAUCAUUUGAUGAUAAAUAAAUCCAUGUACGUUUAAUUGUCAUAUAUAUUUUAAUCGUAUUAAAUAAUUCUAUAGUUUUUACUUAAGGAAAUAAGUAAUUGUUAUAAAUUAAUAAUUAAUUUUAUAAUUAGUUUAAUUAAAAGUAUAGUAUAUGUUUAGAUGAACCAACCUACUUUUCUCAGGAUUCUAAAAAUCAUUAUAGUAAUGACAUGUGACAUCAUUCAAAGUUGUAAUCUUUUUAUUUUAAUUUAUAGGGGAUAAAACCGAAAAUAUUAUAUUUAAAGUUAGAGUAAAGAAUAUAUAUUUAUGUUUUAAUAAUUCUGAUUUUUAAUCAUAUAAACUAAUUUAUCAUCAAGAUAAAUAUAGUUAUAUGGUUUUUUUAUAUAAAACAGAAUAAACCAAAAAUCAAUGGUAUAUAAACUGAACCAAACCAAAUUAGAUAUAGUUCCAAUAUGGUAGCUAUUUUAUAUAAACCAAAUACCGAAAAAUAAGAAAAUGAACCUAAGUUAACCAGACCGAAAUCCGGAUUGAACAUGCCUACUCUUGACAUAUAGUCUACACAUCUUAAAUACCGUUGAAUUUGAGAAAUCUAACCUUUCUAAUGCUUCAAUUACCGCUGAAUUGUUAGCUUGUUGAAUUAGACAGUAUUAGCAUUGUGAUGCAAUGUAGGAUUGUAUGCUUGUUGACAAAACGGCUUUUAUGGGUAUCUAAAACGGCUUGGUCAACAAAAGUUAAAAUUAAAAAUGGACAGAUUUUAAAAGUUGAAUAUUAAAAUGGCUUAAAUGGAACUUGAGUUUAAUUUGGCUGUUUUCUCCUAUGUUAAAAUUUAGAUAUAACAGAUAAAUGACAUAUAAUCUGUAUGGCUACUACAUAUAUAUGUAUAAUAAUAUAUAUAUAUAUAUAUAUACAACUUAUAAAUUAUAUGUAUGCUUAUAUAUAAAAAUUAUAUAAAUAAAUUGAUCUUUUAUGCAGAUAAGCUUCAAUUGCAUCAUAAAGACUGGUCAAUUUGAACUUGCUUAAUUUGUUCAAUUGCGAUCUUAUAAUACAAUCGUGUAAUAUAUUGAUUCAGGUAAAUAUAUUAUAAUAUAUAAAAUAUGAAGAUGCUAUACUUUUUAUUU